AUCGAAACGAGGCUAAUGAAAGAGGAAAGAAAAGCUGUGUGCAACAUUUAUUUAUCUUUUUUGCUAGUGUUGUUUAUAUUUUUUGAGGUAAACCUCUGUCUGUCGGCGUGAUGGAAAGGAUAUUGAGGCUCGGUGCAGGUGGAUUAGGUGGCGUUGGACAGAAUGCCAACCCUGAUGCUGCAAUGGUUGACACUGCCGAACAAGUUUAUAUAUCAUCUCUAGCUUUACUUAAGAUGUUAAAGCAUGGGAGAGCUGGGGUUCCUAUGGAAGUUAUGGGCUUAAUGUUAGGCGAAUUUGUUGACGAUUAUACAGUCCGUGUUAUCGAUGUAUUCGCCAUGCCGCAGUCAGGAACAGGUGUAAGUGUAGAGGCUGUAGAUCCUGUUUUUCAAGCCAAAAUGUUGGAUAUGCUGCGACAAACGGGAAGGCCAGAAAUGGUCGUCGGCUGGUACCAUUCCCAUCCAGGUUUCGGUUGUUGGCUUUCUGGCGUUGAUAUAAACACACAACAAAGUUUUGAAGCUCUCUCUGACCGUGCAGUUGCAGUGGUAGUUGAUCCUAUCCAGAGUGUGAAAGGAAAGGUUGUCAUAGAUGCAUUUAGACUCAUUAACCCAAACGCGAUGGUGUUAGGACCAGAACCUCGUCAAACUACUUCAAACUUAGGUCAUUUACAGAAACCUUCAAUACAGGCAUUAAUCCAUGGUUUAAAUCGUCACUACUAUUCUAUAGCGAUAAAUUAUCGAAAAAAUGAACUAGAGCAAAAGAUGUUGUUAAAUCUUCAUAAAAAGACUUGGAUGGAUGGUCUAAAUUUGAAAGAUUACCACGAACACUGCCAAGCCAAUGAAAAUACCGUUAAAACUAUGUUAGAGUUAGUGAAAAAUUACCAUAAGGCGCUGGAAGACGAAGAGACUAUGACUCCACAACAAUUAGCCAUCAAGAAUGUUGGAAAACAAGAUCCUAAACGUCAUCUAGAAGAAAGUGUCGAUGAUACCAUGACGUCCAACAUUGUUCAAACCCUCGGUGCAAUGUUGGACACGAUAAGUUUUUAGUAGUUGAUAUAGCGAAUACGAACUUGUUGGUAGAUAAAAUAUUUGCUAGUAGACUGGUUAAAAGAUAUACUUUAAAAAACUUCAGUAUUUUGACGAAUUUAUUUAUUGAAGAACAGUUUUUUUUAUUUUAAAUUCGUCGUUUUUGACCAGUCUGAUGCUUACAAGAAAUGUAUACCACUUUGUGUCCAGCAGCGAAGAUAUUCCAAUGUUUUUUGGAUUAGUAUACCAGAAGGUUUUCUAAUAAAUUUAAUUUUUUUAAUUUGUAAAACUGUUCUAAAGAACUUGUUGAUGAAGUA